CACUCAAUCCGCAUGUAGCCAUCUUGGAUUUAGUUUGGGAACAGCGCACAUGUGUUACCUUAUGGUUAUGUAGAGCCAUAGUAAUUUUUGGAGAGGUGGUUUCAUCCUCUUUGGAAUCUUUCCGUAUGCAAGAUGCCCCCAACAAUCCAGGAUGGACAAAAGAACAGAGAUCAGGACAGAAGGCAAAGUUCAUUGCGUCAAACAGUGAGCAAGGCCGAUUUUGUGUCUCGGGUUAAAUAUAACAACAAUCUUCCUGAUAUUCCUUUUGAUGCCAAGUUUAUUGCUUAUCCUUUUGAAUCAAACAGGUUUGUAGAUUAUAAACCAACAACAUUGGAGAAAAAUUACAAGCAUGAAAUGUUGACAGAGGUGGACUUGGGGGUCAAUAUUGAUCUUAUUGACCCAGACACCUACGCCAUAGAUCAUAAUGUUUCUCUUGAUCAUGAUGAUGAGAAAUUAUUAGAAGAAGAACCAGUGAACUUGCCAGAUAAAAAACGAACAGCCCAUCAUAACAAGAAUGUGUCCUGGCUAAGAAGAACUGAAUACAUUUCAACUGAGUACAACAGAAGUCGCACUAGUAAUGAAAUGGUGGAGACAAAGGUUGGAUUCAAUGUGAAGAAGAAAUUCCAAGGCACAGACAUUUACAAGGACCGUGAAAGUCAGAUUGCUGCCAUUGAAAGCACAUUUGAUGCUGCUCAGAGACCAAUUCUACGCCAUCCAACAAAACCUGGUGUCACGCCUUUGGAAGUUCUUCCAGUGUUUCCAGAUUUCCAGAUGUGGGCUCAGCCCUGUGCUCAUGUUAUAUUUGAUACUGACCCAACCCCGAGAGGUAGAGGAGGUCCAGCAGAAGAUGAGGAAAUGUCACAGGCAAUGAUCAGAGGUAUGGUGGAUGCCAGUGGAGAUCAGUUUGUGGCAUACUUCCUUCCCUCAAAAGAGACAAUCAGGAAACGAAAAAGAGACCAAGAAGGUGAAACAGAAUAUACAGAAGAGGAAGAAUAUGAGUACAAAAUGGCACGUGAAUAUAAUUGGAAUGUAAAGAACAAGGCCACCAAGGGUUACGAGGAAAACUACUUCUUUGUGUUCAGAGAAGGAGAGGGAGUUUUCUACGAUGAACUGGUAACAAGGGUUCACUUGAGCAAGCGGCGUGCUCGUGGCGGUGCUGGUGGGGUGCAAUCAGCAGUCUCCCAGCUAGUGGUGAAACACAGGGAAUUGAAUGAAAAUGAAAAGAAAGCUCAGCAAAUGCGCAGGAAUCAGCUGGACACAGCUUUGGCAGAAGAGGAAGAUGAAGAGGAGGGUGAUGAAGAUGACGAAGGAGAAGAAGCUGCUGAGAACGAGGAGGAAGACAACCAAGACAAUGAUAUUGAUGAUGAGGAUGAUGAUGUAAAAGAGGACGAUAACGAAGCAGAACAGGAGAGUAAUGAUGAAAAAGAUGAAAAAGAUGAGAAAGAAAGCAGCGAAGAAGAAGCAUCAAGUCAAGAAGAAUCAAACAGCGAAGAGGAGGAAGAUGAUGUUGAGUGAUGAAGUUGUUCCAUGCUCAUUUUGAAACAUGGCAGAGAAACUGCAGAAUUGUUGAUGAACUGAUUGUCAUAGCUUUCCAAACAAAUUAGUCAUUGCCAGGAUCUGACCAUGGAAAGCACAGAAGGGUAGAGUUGUUAUGCAUUCCAAACAAGUAGCAUUUAACAAGCAUGUCAUUGCUUCUGAUAACUGACUCUUCACAUUCAGGCAAUGGCAUUUUCCCUUUAACAGAUUGCUGUCAACAAUGCCAAGCAUAUAUGCAACAAUUAGAUUCCAUUUUGCCAGGAUUUUGUAUAGUAAUAGAUCCCAGAUGAUGUCAAAAUGUAGUUGGUGGCACUCAAGGCAUGUUCGUACCACAAUUUGACGUCUUCUGCAAUCCAUUUCUGCAAAAUGGAAUCCAUUUGUUUAAUAUGAUAAAAAAAAAAGUAAAAUGUUGUUAAUGAUUAUGUCAUCUAUGCAUCUAUUCUUCACUAAAUCAUUAGUAAGAGCUAAUCAGAAUGCAUAUACAAUUUAGCCUAUCGUUUGAAAAUUGUUUGCACAUUGGUUCACGAUGGAUUUUUCUCAUUAGACUCUCCAUAAACUUUUAGCAAUUUGUUUAUUUUGAAUAUCAAACAGUCAUUUACAGGAUGGUGAUUAAUUAAGCACAACUCAAAUUAAUCUUUAUAUCAUUGCAAUUUGGAAUUUUCAUUGUGUUACUUUAUGUUUUACUUUACAUUCAUAACAAAAACUUACCAAACACACAAAAAAACUGUUCCUCUGUAUGUAUCCCUGACCAGUUAAAAUAAACAGAACCUACCUAAUCAUA